AUGAGCUCUAUUGAUGAGAAGCCUCUUUCAUGGUUCAUCAGACUGAUUCAUGAUACUUGCAUUCAUUUGAAUAAAUCUAUGUUGCUCCUCUGCUUAUUCCACUUUAAUUCUACAAUGAGCUCUAUUGAUGAGAAGCCUCUUUCAUGGUUCAUCAGACUGAUUCAUGAUACUUGCAUUCAUUUGAAUAAAUCUAUGUUGCUCCUCUGCUUAUUCCACUUUAAUUCUACAAUGAGCUCUAUUGAUGAGAAGCCUCUUUCAUGGUUCAUCAGACUGAUUCAUGAUACUUGCAUUCAUUUGAAUAAAUCUAUGUUGCUCCUCUGCUUAUUCCACUUUAAUUCUACAAUGAGCUCUAUUGAUGAGAAGCCUCUUUCAUGGUUCAUCAGACUGAUUCAUGAUACUUGCAUUCAUUUGAAUAAAUCUAUGUUGCUCCUCUGCUUAUUCCACUCUAAUUCUACAAUGAGCUCUAUUGAUGAGAAGCCUCUUUCAUGGUUCAUCAGACUGAUUCAUGAUACUUGCAUUCAUUUGAAUAAAUCUAUGUUGCUCCUCUGCUUAUUCCACUCUAAUUCUACAAUGAGCUCUAUUGAUGAGAAGCCUCUUUCAUGGUUCAUCAGACUGAUUCAUGAUACUUGCAUUCAUUUGAAUAAAUCUAUGUUGCUCCUCUGCUUAUUCCACUUUAAUUCUACAAUGAGCUCUAUUGAUGAGAAGCCUCUUUCAUGGUUCAUCAGACUGAUUCAUGAUACUUGCAUUCAUUUGAAUAAAUCUAUGUUGCUCCUCUGCUUAUUCCACUCUAAUUCUACAAUGAGCUCUAUUGAUGAGAAGCCUCUUUCAUGGUUCAUCAGACUGAUUCAUGAUACUUGCAUUCAUUUGAAUAAAUCUAUGUUGCUCCUCUGCUUAUUCCACUUUAAUUCUACAAUGAGCUCUAUUGAUGAGAAGCCUCUUUCAUGGUUCAUCAGACUGAUUCAUGAUACUUGCAUUCAUUUGAAUAAAUCUAUGUUGCUCCUCUGCUUAUUCCACUUUAAUUCUACAAUGAGCUCUAUUGAUGAGAAGCCUCUUUCAUGGUUCAUCAGACUGAUUCAUGAUACUUGCAUUCAUUUGAAUAAAUCUAUGUUGCUCCUCUGCUUAUUCCACUCUAAUUCUACAAUGAGCUCUAUUGAUGAGAAGCCUUUUCAUGGUUCAUCAGACUGA